UUUAAAAACACAGUAAUUUUGUACUGUAAUUAAUUUGUUUUAUAAUCCUUUGGUUUGUGUUAUAACUAUUAUAAUAGAAAGUAUGCAAGUCACACACAAAAGAAAAAAGUUGGGGAUAGUUGAUACCGAGAUAAGGUAUUAUAACAAUAUGGAUCAAACUGAAAAAGGUUCUAACAAUUUCUGGAAAAUAUUUAUCAUUUUAUUUAUCAUCUUGGUUGUAAUAAUUUUAUUUAUAACGUGCUAUCGUUAUAUAUACAGACAAGUUAUUUCUAUUUUCCAAAGGUUCAUUACAUUUUUGUUUGUAACAUGUAUAUGUAUGCAGCAUGUUUAUUUAUUGAUAAUAUAUUAAUAUUACGUUUCUAAAGCUUAAUUCGACGAAAUGAAGAUAAUGAUGAUAGUUUAUCUAUAAUAAAAGAGAGAAAAAAUAAUUCUUGUGCAAAACAACGAAUUUUAAGAAAUAACAUAUGUAAUUUUUCAAAAUUUCGUGUGAAAAAUGAUAGUCAAAAGAUCAAACAACAUGAAAAGAGAUGUAAAUUAAAAACUCUUUUACAGGUAUUACAAGAAAAAUAUUAUAUUAAAAAUUAUUAUAUACAAAUAAUUUAUCACAUUCAUGAUAAUUUAGUUUCCAUAACUUGUAUAUAUGUAUAUAUAAACAAAAAAUUUAUAGGAAAAGAAAAAGCUACUUGCUUCGUAUGGAAAUGAAUUAGAAACUUCUACUAACAAUAUAGAUUUAACAAAACAAUUAUCUUUGAAAAUGUCUUUCUCAUCACUUUAUACUAAGGACGUACCUAAUAAAUCGAUAUCAAAUAAAUUGAAUAUUAAAGAUCCUGAAAAUUUUGAAACUAGUGAUUUAAGUACUCAAAACAUAAACAGUAUUUAUAGAAGCUCAUAUCAGAAUGACAAAGGUAUUUGCUUCUCAGACACAGAUCUUAAAUUUUUAAUAAUACCAUUAUCUUCGAAGAAAUCAGAUUCACUAAACGAAGAAAUGUUACUGUGCAAAUGGGAUUCAGGAAAUAUUAACUCUAGAAGACAAAAUAAUGUCAGUUCUAAACUGAUAGAACUUAAAUUUGAAGAUACUGAUUCACUUAACGACAAUACACAAAAAUACAAAAUUUCUACUUCUAAAUCAACUAAUUUUUUAUUAGCUAAAUCGCCUUAUUCUUUAUUAGCCAAAAAUUUAGCCACUGAUUCAAAAUAUUUCUCAAAUUCUGCAGCUAAUAAGUCGGAUAUUUUAUCAAAUGCGUUUUUUAACAAAUUAAAAAGGUUUUUGAUAAUUAACAGAUGUCGUUAAACUUUAUUUAAAUUAAUGCACUAAUCAUUAUAAAUAUUUAUAUAGGUCAACCAAUUCUUGCAUUAAUUCCACAUUAUCAGACGUGUCUAAUACAAUUAAAAUAGCAAAUGAUCAAAUAUUAAGUAUAAACUCAGAAACAAAAAAUAUUUCUACAUGUA